UGUUUCAGACUCUUGUUUGUGGACGAGAGCAUUUUGUGGCUGGUACACUUCCGGAUCAGCUAGGAUGCUAGCCUUUCUUUAGCUUAAUCAACUGUUUCUACCGUCUUGUAGUCGUAGUUAGUAUCUGUAUUUCCUUCAGCCUAUAGCUCGAGAUGGACAACAACCAAGAGCCCAAAGACCCGGACCGGUCCGACCUGGUUUCUGAAGACGGCAAGAACAUCAAAUCCGUCCUGUGUCAGCGCUGUGGUUCCAAGGUGCUGUGUCCCGGGAUGGCUGUGUUUGCAGAGAAAGAGCUGUUCCUGCCCUCCAUGCGGAAAAAGAGCGGCCUCAGCUCCACAGAGGGCUCAGUAGAUGGCGACACCCUGACUGCACACUGGUUUGUGGAUGACAUGUUCACUUUUGAGAAUGUGGGCUUCACUAACGAUGUGGGGAGGAUCAAGUAUCUCAUCUGCGCAGAUUGCGAGAUUGGACCAAUCGGCUGGCACUGUUUGGAUGACAAGAAAAGUUUCUACAUCGCUUUGGAAAGGGUGGACCAUGCAUAGUAUGAAUACAUAUGAGAGCCCACAUGAACUUUAAAAUAAAAUGUGUUUGCAGGCUAUGCAUUAUUACAAGGAUUUACUACCAGAGUCGACCCCGACUAAAUCCCCCACACACUUACAGAUACGGUUUCAGGUUCAUUCUUCAAGAUAACAGGAUUGUGUCGCUUUGGCUCUUAUCACACUGACAACAGAACAACAAUCCUGUUCUAAUAAAAAUGUUUUUGGGAAGCUGA